AUGCGCCGAGCGGUCAUCGUAUUUCUAAUUGUGUCCGUUUUCCACCUGAGACCCGUUUCGACAGGAUGCUAUCAAAAAAGGUUGUGCUGUGCCGGACGAAAUAAUACGUGCAAGGGCGUCGACGACGGCAUUCAGCAUUUGCCGACAGUCGCAACAAUCCAUAACAAAGAGGCUCAGACUCAGCAUCGCCGUGUCGAAAAGGAGUAUUAUACUCCAUUUUAUGAGUCUUCUGGCGAUGGAUAUGACAUGGUAUUUCCUGAGGUGUAUGAUAACAGCAAUGAGAAGAUCGGAAAACUAGUUCUUCCGGAUGUGAUUGAAGUCGAGGGAUCAGGUGUCGAAAUUCUGGACAGAUAUGGUCUUGCUUCUGGCGAUGUGCCGGAGCCCACAACUCCAGCUCCAAAAAUCAAACAAUUGAUAUUCGGAAAAAAACGCGAUCAAGAUGAGCCGAUUGAUGAAAUCACGCGGUAUUCCGAAAAAAUGCCAAGACAUUUACUUAUACGAUAUUCACUUCUUAACAAGUACAUUCCACUUAAAGUGCAUUCAACUCCUCUUCUAUACGAAGAAAAUCAUGUCGAACCUGUUAAAAUGCCCAAUUUUUAUUAUUUGGAAUCUCCGAUUUCUGAAUGUUAUUGCGACGAUCAUUGUGUGAUUCUAGGCGAUUGUUGCUCCGAUUAUACAUUCGUUUGUCCGCCGCGAGAUUGUGUUCUCAGCGACUGGUCGGCUUGGACAAAAUGUCGUCCGGACGCCGGAAAAUGCGGAAUCGGUGUACAGGAACGGACGCGGACCAUUCGUGAGGAGCCCGAACGAGGUGGUGCUGCUUGUCCGCCUCUCAAAGAAAUGCGCACGUGCUUCAUCGAAUGCCGAUUCAAGAAAACACCAAUUGAAGAUAUCACAACGGUCGCGCUAAUUCUUGACUACAAAUUCAACGAAACUCGUGCAAAAAUGGAUCGAAAUAAUAUUUAUUGGGAUGUGCCGUCAGUCGUCGAAAAACUCAAAAGAUCUUCAUACUAUUGUGUUCAUUAUGAGAUCAAUUGGGUGAAUCGAAAUUGCGUUUCUCGACUCGUCGAUAAAGGACUUACCAAAAAUAGCAUUAUUUGCGCCGAAUGUCAACCAGAAGCGCAACUUCAUCGCAAUAAUGGACGAUGUGCUUCGGAUCUCGAUGAUGGCGAUGAAGGUUUCUGGAAGCUGAUCGGACCACAAUCAUGCAAUGGCAUUUGGACCCGACUCAAUCGAACCGACGAUUGUCAUUGCCAGUCGAAUUAUCCCCAAACGCAUCCAUUUCUAUUAGUUUGA